GGCACUAGCAUGUCCUUAAUAAUAUACGGAUGGAUAAUGGAUACAAGUUUUCCAGGCACUUAUUCAUUCAUUCACCAAUUAAAGUCAUAGCAGUUUGGGCAAAAACCUCACUUCUCUAAUAUCAAGCUUCUAAAUUAGAGGUUGGAGAAAAGUUUGAUUGAUUAAGAAAAAUGGGUAAAGGUGGAAUGUCAGUUGAUGAUGAUCAACAGAACAUGGCUGCUUGGCUUGUUGGUUUAAACACUCUCAAGAUUCAACCUUUCAAUCUUCCUUCUCUUGGACCACAUGAUGUCAGAAUUAGAAUGAAAGCUGUUGGAAUCUGUGGGAGUGAUGUUCACUACCUCAAGACAAUGAGAUGUGCCGAUUUUAUAGUUAAAGAACCGAUGGUUAUUGGUCAUGAGUGUGCUGGGAUAAUAGAAGAAGUAGGUAGUCAGGUACAGAGUUUGGUGCCUGGUGACCGUGUGGCGAUCGAGCCUGGGAUCAGUUGUUGGCGUUGUGACCAUUGCAAACUUGGUCGAUAUAAUCUUUGCCCUGAGAUGAAGUUUUUUGCUACUCCACCAGUUCAUGGUUCCUUGGCUAAUCAGAUAGUACAUCCGGCAGACCUAUGCUUUAAACUACCAGACAAUGUAAGCUUGGAGGAAGGGGCAAUGUGUGAACCAUUAAGUGUCGGUGUUCAUGCGUGUAGGAGAGCUAAUAUCGGACCGGAAACAAAUGUUUUGAUUAUGGGAGCAGGACCUAUCGGACUUGUUACAAUGCUUUCAGCUCGUGCUUUUGGUGCACCUAGGAUUGUCGUUGUGGAUGUAGAUGACCAUCGUUUAUCUGUUGCAAAAAGUCUCGGUGCAGAUGACAUUGUUAAAGUUUCAACAAACAUUCAGGAUGUAGCGGAAGAAGUUAAGCAGAUUCAUAAUGUUAUGGGAGCUGGUGUAGAUGUUACCUUUGAUUGUGCUGGUUUUAACAAAACCAUGACUACAGCAUUGAAUGCUACUCAACCAGGUGGCAAAGUUUGUCUAGUCGGAAUGGGUCAUUCCGAAAUGACCGUGCCACUCACACCAGCUGCUGCAAGGGAAGUUGAUGUGGUUGGCAUUUUCCGCUAUAAGAAUACAUGGCCUCUAUGCCUUGAGUUUAUAAAGAGUGGCAAAAUUGAUGUAAAACCACUUAUAACUCAUAGGUUUGGAUUUUCACAAAAGGAAGUGGAAGAAGCCUUUGAAACAAGUGCUCGUGGUGGUAAUGCUAUUAAGGUCAUGUUUAAUCUUUAGAUACUAUAGAUUGAGAAUUUACAAACUAUCUUACUUUGAACAAAAUUUUAAUUAUACUUGCUUGUUCAUGCCCUUGUUUAAUGUGUAUUUAUAAUUUGGAUUGUGAAUGAAGUGGCUUCAAUAAGAACUUAUAAAAGUAA